AUGCUAGUUUCUCGAUCAUUGGCUGCCUUGAACAGAAUUCCUAAUACCUUUAUUCGGUGUAUUUCUUCGACCCCACAUUUCAGAUCAUCGUAUGGCAAUAGUGGUGUUAACGCGGGCUCAGCGCAAAGCUUACCUCGCAGGACUUUAACUGAUAUCCAGCAAUUGUAUAGAUCUGGAACUCCCAUUUCAGUGGUAACUGCUCAUGACUACAUUACUGCUAAAUAUAGUGAAGCUGCGGGUAUCGACAUAGUGCUCGUUGGAGAUUCCCUUGCGAUGGUUGCAUUAGGGUAUGAAGAUACCAACGAAGUUCCCUUCGAUGAAUUCUUAUAUCACGUCAAAUCAGUGAGUCGUGGGAACAAGUCUUCGUUUUUGGUUGCUGAUGUCCCAUUUGGAUCAUUCGAAACAUCUCCUAAACAGGCAUUGGAAACUGCAAUCACAUUGGUGAAAGUUGGAAAGGCUCAGGCGGUCAAGAUGGAAUGCGGUAAGGAACAGUUAGAAUAUCUUCGUCAAAUAGUUGACAUGGGUAUCCCUGUAAUGGGGCAUGUGGGAGUUACCCCUCAACGUCAUAAUGCCUUGGGUGGCUUUAAAUUACAAGGAAAUUCUACGGAUAGAGCGGUAAGUAUUUUUGAGGAAUGCCUUCAGUUACAAGCGAACGGCGCCUUUGCCAUAGUGUUAGAGUGUAUUCCAAACAAGUUGGCCCAAUAUAUUACUGAAAAGUUGACUAUUCCGACCAUUGGGAUAGGUGCCGGCCCAUUCUGUUCUGGUCAAGUUUUGGUUGCAGCCGAUAUGUUGGGAAUGAACAAUCCAAAUAUUCAUAAAGCGAAGUUCGUUAAGCAAUAUGACCUACAAUUUGAAAGGUCUGUCAAUGCUUACAAGCAAUAUAUUGAAGAUCUUAAAUCGGCCGAGUACCCUUCAGCAGAGUUACAUGGUUAUAAAAUGAAAAGAGAUGUGCUCGAGCAGUUCAAACAAAAGGCAGAUCAAAUAAAUUGA